AUGUCCAGGGCUCCAGAAGUGCUGAAGAACCUUGCCCCGGGCUCUCAGCCCCCGUUCCUCAUCUUCGGCGGGGAGGUGCGCACCGACACCAACAAGAUCGAGGAGUUCCUAGAGGAGGCACUGGCUCCGCCACAGAGUCCAACGGUGCUGGAGAUGACAUCUUCCACGUUCUCUGCAUACAUCAAGAACCCUAACCCUGGACUCAACGAUAUGCUUGAGAAGAAGUUUCUGAAGAGCCUGAUGAAGUUGGAUCAGUACCUGCUGACGCCACUCCUACACGAGCUGGACCAAAACCCAGACGUCCCCCAGUCAUCACGGCACUAUCUGGACGGGAACUCCCUCAGUCUGGCUGACUGCAACCUGAUGCCCAAGCUCAAUAUAGUCAAGGUUAUCAGAUCAAGCAUUCCAGGAAGUCCUAGAUUACAUCACCUUUGCCAGUGUCAUCUAUUGUGGUGUGUAGGGAAGUACUGUGACUUUGAGAUCCCUGUGGCUCUGACCGGUCUGACCCGCUACCUGACCAAGGCCUACCAGCAGGACGAGUUCCGCUAUACCCGCCCAAAGGAUUCCGGGAUCCUGCUGGCCUACCACUCGGUAGCCAAAUACCUCAACAAGUCCAGACCCUGUCCUCCCCUCUGUCCUCUACCUCGAGUGUCCAAGCAGUGCCCUCAGAAGAGACCCAAAGUCCUGAGUAUAGCUCACAGGAUCCUGCGUAUCCUUAAGGAGCUUCCCACCCUUCUGCCCAAGGAGCACCCUCCAUCCCUACUGGAGGCUGACCUGACUGAGUUUGACUCCAUCCUGAAGAAGAGUGUGACCAUGCAGCACACACCCUUGGCGGUGUUCCACUACACAGACAGUGAAGGAUGCUCUGACAACGUCCACCCCAGCAAGUUGGAGCAGAUGCUGGAGGGCAGUGCGGUGAGGGCCCAGAAGCAGCUGGUGUUGUUAGACAGGGAGGAUGGCCCACCACCCCAGGGCACUGUGGAGAGGCUCAACAUGAGGAGCUGGAUCUCCAGACACCUGCACCUCUCCUGCCCAUGCAGGGUCUACUACAAGAGGAGCCUGCCCAAACUGAUAGAGAUGUACCUUCUUGUGUUCCAAAAGACAGCUGACCGCCAUUCAGACUUUUCACGUCUGCCCAGGGUGCUGACCGGAAAUGCCAUCGCCCUCAUAUGGGGGAGGAGGAGACAGGGACCUGUGACCUGUCCCAACGCCUCCUUCACUGACCUGGCUGAGAUCGUGUCCCGCAUCGAGCUGGCAAAACCUGCUCUGGGACGAGGGGAAUUUGAUGAGGAUCUGAUGGGGAAAUUGGAGCAGCGAGCAUUUGGAGAGUACCUGUCCCACACACACCCUGAGAACCAAAACGGAUCAGCCCAUCUCCUGUCUGACACGUUUGUGGGCCCAGACUCUGACUCCCCUGGUGGUGUCCGUCACCACAACAACAACCAUCCAUAUCCCCACAGGGGUUCUCCAGCCCUCCCUGAGUCCAGCCUGGUGAAAUCUCCGCUGGGCCACCUCCAGCCCCCGCCCCCCUCCAUCACCACCACCAAGACCCGCCUGUCUCUGGAGCGCAGCUUCUCAGCCGAAGAGGACCAGCAGAAGUGUGUGGAGUGUGCCCUGCAGCCUGCCCGUGUCUACACCAUCACCGGAGAGCACAGUAUGCUGGGUAGCAACCGGGGCAGCAAGGAGAGCCUGGAGCUGGAAGUGCUGAAGGGGGCGUCUACCCUGGUCCAGCCCUCCACCUCCCCCUCCUCCACCUCCUCCCCCACCCAGCACCACCUUCGCCAUGGACACCGUGGCAACACUCAUCGCGACGAUGGGAGCCAUCGUCACGGCAACCCUGUUGCCGGCAGCAGCAACAGCAACCACCACACCCUGGCUGUUACCGGCGGGGGUGCUGCCCACCAUGGUCACCAUGGCAGCCACCACCACCUGUCCCAGCAGCCCCUGUCAAGCUCGGUCAGCGCCCACAACAUCCGCAGCUGGGGUGAGGGGGGAAAGGGGGGCUCGCGGGAGGACUGCAGCCUCAACAUGGCCUUGGACUCUAGCGGGGCUCCAUCCCGUAGCCAGGGCUCCCUGGAUCUAGAGAGCUCCCGCGAGGCAGGCAAGCAACACAGACUCCUUGAGAGGAUGUGGAGUGUGGACCGGAUGACUGGGCUGGAGAGAGCUCUCGCCACAGAGGACAACAACUGGUACCCAAAAGAAAAUAUGUUCAGCUUUCAGACUGCUUCUACCACCAUGCAGGCGAUAUCGAACUUCCGGAAGCAUCUUAGAAUGGUGGGCAGCAGGAGAAUGAAGGCACAGACAUUUGCCGAGCGUAGAGCGAAGAGUUUCAACCGCUCCUGGAGUGACCCCACCCCUGUCAAGAAUGACUCUUCACAUGACACCAGAGACAGUGGGGACCUGCCAGCCUCUUGUGGGACUCUGGAUGAGGGGGAGCGUGAGGACCUAGACUGGGAGGAGGAGAGGGAGAUGGAGAGACUGGCCUGUGAGGGAGAUGACUUCAUCCCACCCAAAAUUAUGCUGAUCUCCUCCAAAGUCCCCAAGGCAGAGUACGUUCCCACCAUCAUCCGCAGGGAUGACCCCUCAAUCAUCCCCAUCCUCUAUGACCAUGAACAUGCUACGUUUGAUGAUAUCCUCGAGGAGAUUGAUAAGAAGCUAACAACCUACAGGAGAGGCAGCAGAAUCUGGAGGAUGCUCAUCUUCUGUCAGGGAGGUCCAGGGCAUCUGUACCUGUUGAAGAAUAAAGUGGCCACAUUCGCCAAGGUGGAGAAAGAGGAGGACAUGAGUCAGUUCUGGAGGAGGCUGAGUCGGUUUAUGAGCAAAGUGAACCCUGAACCCAACCUCAUCCACAUUAUGGGCUGCUACGUCCUAGGAAACCCCAAUGGAGAGAAGCUGUUCCAGAAGCUAAAGAACCUGAUGAGGCCUUACUCCAUCCAAUUUGAGUCACCACUGGAGCUGUCCGCACAGGGAAAAGAGAUUAUUGAGAUGUACUUUGACUUCCGUCUCUUCCGCCUGUGGAAAACCCGCCAGCACUCCAAACUCCUGGAUUAUGAAGAUCUUUUGUGACGGGGCUCCGAGUGAAGUCAACCCUGUAGCAUAAAUACAGUCUAUACUGGGGCAGGAGGACCCACUCCAUACCACUGCUCAACACAACUGUAACACCCAUCAUACCUGCUUUCAUCCAGGAGAGGGCUGGGAGAGGUGGAAGAGGAGAAGAGAUGAGAUGCUCUCUCUUUCUCUCCCUCGGGGAAGGUGUCUGAGAUGCUCUC